AUGGCUGGAGGUGGCGACCCAAAAUGGCAGAAAGAUGCGUCCGACCAGAACUUUGACUACAUGUUCAAGCUGCUCAUCAUCGGUAACUCGAGCGUCGGCAAGACCAGCUUCCUGUUUCGCUACGCAGACGACUCGUUCACCUCCGCGUUCGUGUCGACGGUAGGCAUUGAUUUCAAAGUGAAAACCGUGUUCCGCCAUGACAAGCGGGUGAAGCUACAGAUAUGGGACACUGCCGGGCAAGAGCGGUAUCGCACGAUAACGACGGCGUACUAUCGUGGAGCGAUGGGUUUCAUCCUGAUGUACGAUAUCACCAAUGAGGAAAGCUUCAACUCUGUACAGGAUUGGGUAACACAAAUAAAAACCUAUUCGUGGGACAACGCACAAGUAAUACUGGUCGGCAACAAGUGCGACAUGGAGGACGAGCGAGUGAUUUCCUUCGAGCGCGGCAAACAGCUAGCCGACCAGCUGGGUGUGGAGUUUUUCGAAACGUCCGCCAAGGAAAACGUACACGUGACGGAUGUGUUUGAGCGACUGGUAGACAUCAUCUGCGAUAAGAUGUCGGAGAGCUUAGAUUCCGAUCCAACACUGGUGGCCGGCGGUCCCAAGGGUCAACGGUUGACCGAUCAGCCCGGCCAAGGGCCACCGAACGCGAACUGUAACUGCUAAAA